GCAGCAUGAGCGCUCCGCAGCAAAAGGAUGUGUGAGCAGGCAGCGCGCUACUGUAGGGACGGAGUCCACAAACUGCUGAACAAAGAACAAGCCAAACUUCGAGCCCAGGAAAGCCGCGAGCAGCCGAAACCCGUAGCCUGUCAGGACAGCGAGUCCGCGACGGCAGCGCAGUCCGGAAACAGCGGCGCCCAGCCCGGUGGAAUCGACGGGCUCGUCCGCUGGAUCGUCACUAAAAUGAGCGACAACAAGAACAUCUCCAGCCGGGAGUACGCCUCCAGCAAGGAGGAGGUGGCCGUGGCGCAGGAGCAGUUCUUCGCACCGGAACCCCGGAGAGGCAUCUCCGUUAUCUUGGAUAUAUUCAGAAGAGCUGACAAAGAUGACGACGGGAAGCUGUCCCUGGAUGAGUUCCAGGCCUUCUUCUCCGACGGCACGCUGAACGAGGAGGAGCUGGAGAAGCUGUUUCACACCAUUGACUCUGAUAACACCAGUAAUGUUGACACUAAGGAACUCUGCGACUACUUCGCCAAACACAUGGGCGACUAUGAGGGAGUUCUGGCCUCGUUGGAAACACUCAACCUUUCCAUCCUCAAAGCCAUGGACUUCACCAAGAAGGUGUAUGAGAGAGGAACCAACGUGGAGCAGUUCGUGACCCGUUUCCUGCUGAAGGAAUCGGCCAAUCAGAUCCAGUCUCUCCUGAGCUCCGUGGAGAGCGCCGUGGACGCGAUUGACGAGCAGCACAGCCAGUCAGGUCAUCUACCUGCCAAGGUGAGUCCACGGAUGCCAGAGAAGCGUUAUGAAAACACCGUCCCUGACUACCCCCCUAACAACAGAGUCAGUGCCAGGGAGGCCGUCAGGACCAUCAACACUGCUUCAGGUGCAGUCGAAGUGAGAAAAGAAGGUCUGGAGGCUCAGAUCAACCGUCUGGCUGAACUGAUUGGACGACUGGAGAAUAAGACGGUCUCGUUUGAUCUGCACCAGAGGCUAACAGACACAGAUGGCACCACCAGUGCAUCCUUGCUGCUGAUUCGUCAGGAGAUGGUGGUUUCCCAGAAGAAGCUGGGCGAGUUCUGCGAGGCUCUGAAGCAGUACCUGAAGAAUGUCUCCGCUCAGCGAGACUGUUUUCAUGUGACUGCCGUGCGUCUGCCGGACGGUUUAUCCUUCGUCGUCUACGAGUUCUGGGACGGUGAGGAGGAGUGGAAGAGGCACCUCCAGUCGGCCCCCAACAAAGCCUUUCAGCAUGUGAAGGUGGACACACUGUGCCAGCCGGAGAGCAUGUCCUCUGUAGCCGUGCCAGCCGCCUGGUGCAGUGUGAACAGGGACUGAGCAUGAAGAUAUUCAACUACACGCCAAGACUCCUGGACACUCCCCUCCCUCCAACUUUAAAAAAAAAAAAAAACAAAACUCCCCUUUCCCUGCAUUUCACCCGCUCUCACUCCCCCCUCCACCCACAUCCCUCAACUCUUUUUGUAAGUACAUGUUUACAUAGUGCAAAUGAAUGGUGUCAACUGCAGUGAAAAUUGAACAGUGCAUUUUACACAUUUGAGAUUACUAAAACAUGUUUGCAUCUCACUAUGGUAGUUUGCUGGUACUGGAUUUUGAAUUAUUUCAUGUUUCAAGUAGCUUUGAGCCACUGUACGGUGGAGAUUGUUCAUGUAGCAAGGACCCCGAGGUUGAGUUUUUCAUGUAGCAGUUUUUUGUUUUUUUUUGAGUAGUCCAUUUGAAGAUAGCUUUUUGUCUCCCCACCACAGACAUUAGGGUAGAAAGCGUAGCUGUCAUUUCAUAGUAGCUGCCUCCUCCACAUAAGUGAAAGUAACGCGGGACUUUUUGUUUCGGUCUGACCGCAUUGCUCCCCCAUCGGCCGUUCUGGACUCACACUGACAUGCUGUGUAAACAAGGACUCUCGGCAAACUUAGAUGUCAGAUUAGCUUUCAAUCUCAGGAAAACAGAAAUAUAAGUCUCUGACAGGUAGCUAGUGGAGAGAGCUGACAGGAGUUUGGAGGAAAAAUACCAUGGAGGCCUUGCAAGAAAUGAUAUGGAAUAACAUGUGCAGGGCCAUGAAACACCAAGCCAACGGUCGGGCGACUGGGCCAAAGGUGAGCGUUUGAGGCUCUAGUUUUUGCCAUAUUCCUCCUCCAACCAUUAGCACUAGUCUGACACCUGUUAGUAGCAUUUCGGCCAGCUGAGCAGGAAGCCCAUCCAGGGGAGAGAUUCCUCUUCGUAGCCUCUUAGUUAACUGUAACUCUAACAGUUUCCCUUUUCUGGUAACAGAUGCUCAUGCCGCUUGUUGGUUUGAGAAUUAAUAAUUCAGACUGUAAAUGCUAGUAGGCUGUUGUCUUUACUAGGUUUUCAAGCGUAACUUUUUUUUGGUCCAGAUAUGGGCAACCAGAUGUGACGCCACCAUCAGCCUUCAUUGUCACCAAUUCUCAGAUGUGGGUUUGGGUGCGUCUCAGCCCUAGGAUUAUCUGUAUCAGCAAUUAUCUUAAAUUACUCUUGUAUAGCCACAAAUCUAGCCCCAUUUUGCAAACCUGCAUUUGGGAAAUAGAUUUUUUGAAAGAGGCUGAACAAAGAAUGGAGGCUCUUUUAAGAUGUGGUUCAUAAUACAAUUAAAUUUUUGUUCAAUUUAGUGUUGCUCAUGUGCAUGUUAACAAAAAAAAAAGAGCCAGAGGGAACGUUUUGCUAUCAGAGAGGCAGGGUUGCAUUUGUAACUUUGCAAAUUUAGUAAGACAUCAGGGCCCAUGGUAUUUCAUCUCUUUCUGACUCACUCUACUCAGUUAUUUCAGCUUCAUCUCGAGUUAUCAUUGCUUCAAAUACAUUUAGUGCGAGUACAAUGGCUGUUGCGGGAGCAAUGUCUAUAGAUGGGUUAAGUUUUUCAUGAGCGACAGAGUCCCCAAACCCAAAUCUCUAAGCACCAAAACGAGAUGGUGAUGUAACCUGGUAAAGACCAGCAAAUAGACCUGUGCAUGUAGAUGCUGAAACAUAUUUCAAGUUAUAUUUCCUCAUGUAGCUUUUUUUUUUUUUUUAAGUUUGGGGUUAAGAGUCAAGUCCCUGAGGAUCAGGGUCAUUUAACACCUUGAGGUGAACAGACGUUUUGCUGUCAAUGGAUAAUUUCUUGACUUAAACAAGUCUGCUACAUUGAUAUGGAAGAAGUAGAAGGAUACGGGCAGCACCUCACUGUUCUCCAUGCAGCUAAACAUGGUUUAAUUUUUGCCUUCUGUUUGUGUAGUCCUUGUCUGAACUGGCGAUGGGUAGCUUAUAUUAGCCGUGUGAGUCUAGUAGAGAUUGUACAUAUGAAAAAAAAAAAAAUACAAUAAUGUUGUUCUAUUACGAUUAUAUUUGUAUUUGACAUCUUUUAGUGCUAUAGUGCAAUUUCUUCCUCAGUGAUAGUGGCAGUAGCUUUUAUAGGGUGCUGCAGCUUCUCUUGACAGUUAGUUUGAAUCAGAAUCGCUACCAUCGGAGACAGAUACACCAAUGUGAAUGACGCUGAAUAUAAAGCCUUAAACAUCACCACAUGAUCGAGGAGGUUUUAAGUGGUUUCAAGAGAAUUUUUCUUUUUCUGUUGUAAAAUCUCAGUAAGUAGGGAAUUACAUUCACUUGAUAUCACUGGAAGAAAAAAAAAUAAAUCAACCUCGACAUGGAAAUAAUAAUUCACUAGCAUAUAGUAGCGCAUAGAUCAACCACCUCAGCAUCAAUACCACAUGAUCUUAUAUGCCACACACACACACACAAAAACUUUCACUUUAAAUUGUAAGCCAGGAUGGAUUUGAUAGGUCAGACCAUUCUCACACAACUCUGAUGCGCUUCAGUCUUCACCUCCUGAGCAAAGUUUACAUGCAAGCCUUAGCUUCUUUACACAAACUUAUACCUAUAACUAGACGGAAACCUCUAAUAUACUCAACUAAAGCUCACAUAAAAGCAACGAUCCGACCACAAAUUGGCGGCUAAGGUAAAAAUCUACGGAGCCCAGUACAUGUACUUGGAUACAUGGAAAACCAGCUAACAGUGUUUAACACAAUCAGUCGAGGGAUUGUCAGAUUUUUUGCCAUGUUUUAGUGCGUUUACAUGGAAACGACCAAUUAAAUAAUUUGGGUGGGCUUUAUAAGUAAGAUUAGUUUGCAGCUCAAUGGCUCCAGAAUUUCAAAUUGCAUCAAUUGAAAUAUGGCCUAUAAUAAAAUCCAAAAAUAACAUGUUAACAAUCUCCUAUUCUGAUAAGGAUCAAGUCUGAAUACGCCAGUCUACUGCUCCAAUAAUAAAAAAAAAUGCCCCUUGUGACCACCUCAAAUCUAGCAUAAGUCCUGGAUAGACACGGGUUGGAAUAAACCUUUCAUAAUCCGUUAAGUACAACAAAAAUAUUAGCUACUAAUAACCAUGUAAACACUUGCUCCAAUUGUUUCCAUCUAGUUGGAAUAAAUCCAGUCUUAGUGGGCACGUUUGCCUCCCUCCAGAAGGAACAGAAAUAUGGAGGUAGUAAAACAACCAGCUGUGCAAACAAGCUCCAUCUUGGUCUCCUGAAUGAGUUUUAGUCUGUUUUCUGUUUCUUCUUCUGCUAUUUUUUUAACAGACAUCAAGCAGAACUACUUUGGCAUGUCCAAAAACAUAUUGUGAUCAAUGUUUGGGAGCAUGUAGACAUUUUAAUUUGGAGUACAAAAUGAUUUAACUCAGCUUGAAGAAAUGUCGUCCAUGUAAACGCAGCCAAUUCUUGGCAAUUUAUCAGACCCCAGUUUGGUCCAAAUCUGGUCCAUUUCCACUGCUAUGAACUGGGAGUCGGCACCCCCUCACCAACACGGACGGCCCAUCACUGUAAAACAAUCAGACUCGGAAAGCACAAUGUAAAAAUGAGUGAAUAUAGAGACUUAAGUGUAUUAGAGGUUAUUGAUGAGUGUUUAGACAUAUAUAGUAUUACUGUUUACCUGGUUGAAGACUUGUCGACGAAUCACUCCUCCUGUUCAAAAGGUGCCAUCUUGCCAUCCACCUCACUGUCUAUUUUCUCUCUCUUUUUAAUCUGUGAUUGACAGCCAGUCUGUCGUCUGCCAGUACUGUGGUAGCAGUGAGUGGGGAUCCAGCUACACUGAUACUCGCGUCAGUCUAGCACCUUUUACCUUCACCGUCUUAGAGCGCUGGGCUGCACCAAGCAGGGCAGGACUGUGUAAAAGACUUCAGUAUUGUCACAUUUACAGUAACAAAUGCAGGUUUGUAGGACAGGCAUGCAAAGGCAGCGCUGCUUUAGCUGCGAAAUCUCUUCAAUUAUCUGCGAUAAAGAGCUUUCAUAUGUAGGCCCCUGCAUCGUCAUUGUUUCAUGCAGUUUUUCUGUAGAGGGAAUACAGUAGCAAGAAAUGUAGCAACACUGAGGUUAGCAGCUAGCUGGAUAUGAAAGAUGCAGGAUUUAAAGAACUAUUUCUGGAAGCAAGAAAUAAAUUGAAGGUGUUGUUAGAUGUUACGCGUGACGCAUCUAGCUUAGCUGUGGUUUAGAACAGCUAGCUAAUAAACUGAAUUGCCGUGUCAGACUUCGUCAAGCUUCAGCUGAACCACCGCUAGCCUCCAGCUAAUUUGUAAAACCUACAGUGCUGCUUUGAAGAAUGCAACCUCCCGCGGGGACUGAUUUUGACAUUAAAUCACAAAAAGAAGCAACAUUAAUGAAAGUGUUACGAGAUUAAGUCCUCGGUCUGCAGGUGGUGCUUCUAACAAACAUUAACGUCCCAGAGAGCGAAACUUUCCUUUGCCUGUAUUAUCACCAGUGACCAACAGGAGUCCUAAAGCUACUUUUGUUAAUAUCCCCUAACUAUUUUUCAUUCGAACCAAAUUACACGGUAAAUCUAAAUUAUUGCAGCUGCUAUAACAUUGUAUUCUGACAGAUUAUAGGUCAAAGUAGAACUAGAUUUAUGCUUCUGUUUCCAACAAAAGAGUCUGUGUUGUAGAUUGUACUUCAUUACACCUCUAAAUCCUUAAUCAGCAUCUAGUUUCUCUGUGUACAAAGUGGCUCAUAUUAGAGUUGGAGCUACUUUCAAAUCACUACAAUGUAAAUCUGGCUUAAUGCAGCUCCACAUUUACUCCUCCACCAGACACGGUGACCUGUAGAGGAACCUAUGUCUGGUAUCAACAUGGGUUCUGCAUCUGGAUAAGGUGAAAACGAAAUCCAAGGUGUGAGUGGAGGCAGUAAAGCUUUCAAAAACAUCAAGCCCACAAAAGGGAAAGGUCAGCUAACGCCUGAGUCCUGGUGUAAGUGCAGCGAGUCCAAGUAACAUCAUCCGGAGACAGAUCACAGCGAGUGUAAUCAGGGUCAAUGGGAUUUCUGCAGGAUUCGGCUAUGAGACGACAUCACUGAACUCCACACAAACUCAACCUUAAAAACCGGAGCUAAUCUAACGACACAAACCUGAAUGUAAACCUUUCAUCUCCACAUGGCAACUUUAAAAAUAAAAUAUAUAUAUUAUCAAACUACUAGUCAUUGAAGAAGGAGCUGCUGUAUCCUCAGUAGAAACAUUAAGCCAUAUUGCAUGGAUCCGUGUUUACGAGACUUGCUGAUAGCCAUAGCUUUACAGUACGCCAGAGCCCAGCUGAGUGCAGCCCACACGCUCUAAACAGACGGUUUCUCCUGUCGUGUACAUCGCGCCCAGCUCGGUUGGGUUGUGCAUUAUGAGUUAGUCAGAGAUGCCAAUACUGUUUCCUGUUGAUACAUUCCUGAAUGUCCCUCAGACUGUGCAGCCUGUUCUUUUUCUAUCCUCCUACCCCCCCCCUCAGUGCAACCUGUGCUUUCGCCAUAAAACGGAAGAGUUAAGCCACUUGAAAUGUACUGGAUUGUUUCCCUGGCAACGUGAUGAAAAAGGUUCGGGUGCGCAGUGUGGUCGGGCCUCCCUGUAGGUAUCCUCUGUAGUAGCUGUAGUAGAGAAGCUGGUGAACAGGAAGUCACCAGGUUUACCUCGUUCAUGUCACACGACACCAAGCCAAUCAGGAAUUUGCCAAACCGACCGACCGACGUCAAGGCCGUUAACUCUUCCUUUCUAUGGCUGUGUUCUUUUCUAUCCUUCAACUGAGUGCAUGUCAACUGAAUGUCCAGUAACUUCUUUGCUGUAGUAUUAGGCCAUGCUACUCUUCAAUGGGUUUUGUGCAUUUCUUACCUUUUUUCUUUUCUAGUAUUCCUAAUGAAGCAAACAGAGACUAAAAUCUAUUAUAUAAAUAAAAUAUAUAUAUAUUAAAAAAAAAAGAUCUAAUACUAGAAAAAUGGCAUAUGAGAAUGAACAUUCACUUUUAUGGCAAUGUUUAACGAAAUAUUAAUUCUUAAUGUAUGUUUCAGUAAAAACUGCUUUCUCUUCUUGAGUGUAGAGACUUAUUGCAGGGAUGCAAGUAUUAAUAUUUGGUCUUUAAGAAUAUCUUGUUGAAAUUCUAGAUGAUGUAGAGUGAUGCAAUUCAAUAAAAGUACAAAACUGGA